AUGGUUACCAUUGCAGUUGCAGGAGGCACUCGCGGUAUUGGCCGCACGAUAGCCGAGACUAUCAAGGGCCAAGGUAAACAUGACGUGAAGAUAUUCAGCCGAGCGGCGAACCCUACUCUCGAAGCCGAAAGCGGCUGCGAGGUCAUUGCGGUCGACUACGACAACGUCGAGGCUUUGACCAAAGUCCUCGUCGACAAUAAGAUUGACACGGUGAUAUCGACCCUCUUUCUCACAACCACAGGCUUACCACAAGUCAACCUCGUUCGGGCCUCCGAGGCAUCCCAAUACACCAGGCGGUUUAUCCCAAGCAUUUGGGGAAUUCCAUACACGAUGGAGGACUUUGAAAUUGGCCGAGCCAAGCUCGAGGCCCUGGAAGAGCUCCAGGUGAGCACACUUGAGUACACCCUCUUCUACGUCGGAUACUUUCUCGACUUUUGGGGCCACCCGCGCGUGAAGACGAAUCAGUUACCCAACAUCAUUGCCGUCGACAUUGAGCACAACGUGGCUGCAAUUCCGGGCUCCGGUGAUGUGCCCGUGACAUUUACACACACCCGCGACGUUGCCAAGUUCGUUGCAGCCAGUCUGGAGCUCCCGAAAUGGGACCGGGAGAGCUAUGUCAUUGGCGACACCGUGACGUGGAAUGAGUUUGUGCGGAUCGCAGAAGAGGUCAAGGGCGUGGAAUUCGAAGUCAGCUAUGACUCUGUCGAACUUCUCCGAACUGGAAAGGUGACGAAGCUUCCCUCUCACCCUCCGCUGUACGCGCACAUGACCAAGGAGCAGAUUCAGUCCAUCUUUUCUGUUUUUGGGAUCUGGUUCGAGCAGGGGAUGUUUGAGCUGAAGCCUCCGAAGGGAACGCUUAAUGAAGUGUUCCCGGAUAUCAAGGCUUGGACGGUGAAGGAGCUGCUGGAGCUGGGCUGGGGGCAGGAAUAG